AUGGGCGUGACUCCAACCCAGUGUAUACUCAAAGGUGUAACAGCUACAUUGCUCUUGCUCCUGGCAAGAAGUGUCAGCUGUAAAAUUUCUGGUGUUAUGUACGCCAUGGCACUUUCCAACAACCACAUCUGCCCCGUCCACAACUGGAAUUACAACCAGUCGUGCGGCGUGGACAGCCUGGGCUCCUGCUGCACGCUGGACCACAUCCCCCUCGUCAGCAAGUGCGGCUCCCUGCCUCCUGAGAGCUGCUUCUUCAGCCUCAUCUGCAGCCUGGGCUCCUUCAUGGGUAAGUGCCGGCUGCCGGGGGAGCGGGGCCGGGAGCGGGGUGCCCCUGCGGUGGAUCACGCCAAGGUGCUGCACUACAUCGGGGCAGGGGUGGCCUUUCCCACCAGCAUGCUCUUCCUGCUCCUGCAGUCCAUCCUCACCUACCGCAUGGCCAAAACCCGCGGGCAGUACUGGACCGGCCACUUACGUAGCAUCCUCACCUCUGUGGCCUUCCUCACCCUUGUCUUCAGUGGUGUGUUCUUCAUCCAGGAGAGCUUCGUGCUGCAGCAUGUGGCUGCCCUGUGCGAGUGGAUGUUCAUCAUCGAUGUCCUGGUCUUCUACGGCACCUUCACCUUUGAGUUUGGGGCCAUCUCCACGGAUACCUUCCUGGUCCUGCUAAAAGCCAGCCGGGCCCCCAAAAGUUACAAAGGCGAAAGCGGUGUGUCCAGCACGUCCCACAUCCACAGCCAUGCAGAAGGCCUGGCCAUGGCCUGA